UCACAGAAGGCACAUACAGAGAAGAUAGAGAAAACUGCCACAAACUAACCUUGCCUGCAGGCGCUCCUCAGUGAUUUGGAGAAUACCAGGUCCAACACAGUCCAGCUGACAAGGAUGGAAUAUGCCAUGAAGUCCCUCAGCAUGCUUCACCCCAAGUCCCUGUCCAGGCACGUGGCAGUGAGCACAGCAGUUGUGACCCAGCAGCUGCUGUCUAAACCUAGCCGGGACGCCCCCAGGGCCCGGCCCUGCAGAGUCACCACCGCAGAUCGGAAGGUGCGCAAGGGCGUCACAGCACACAGCCUUAAGGACCUCAUCAGCAAGGUCUGCGACAUCUUGAGGCUGAAAGAUAAGCGUUUCUCCCUGGUGCUAGAGGAAGAUGGUACAAUGGUAGAGACUGAAGAGUAUUUCCAAACCCUGGCAGCAGACACAGUGUUCAUGGUCCUGCAGAAAGGACAGAAGUGGCAGUCCCCAUCAGAACAGAGGAAUAGGUACCUGCUCUCCCAGAAGCCCACCAAGAAGAUUGAUGUGGCGCGCAUGACCUUCGACCUGUACAAGCUGAACCCACAAGACUUCAUUGGCUGCCUGAACGUGAAGGUGACUCUCUAUGACACAUACUCCCUCUCCUACGACCUGCACUGCUACAGGGCCAAACGCAUCGUGAAGGAAAUGCUCCGCUGGGCCCUCUUCAGCAUGCAGGCCACAGGUCACAUGUUGCUUGGCACCUCCAAUUACAUGCAGCAAGUCCUGGAUGCCACAGAGGACGAACAGCCCUCCAAGGCCAAGGCCUCCUCCCUCCUCCCUGCCUGCCUGAAGAUACUGCAGUGAAGGCCCCAGUCCUUCCCCAGCCAAGGACUAGACUGGGGAUUGCUUAGCUAGAAGUACCCACAGCAAGCCUGGCAGCUUCUGACACUCCCUCCUCCCCUCACAACACAGCAUCAUGGACAAGCAAGCACAAGAAAGGGCUGGAACCUUGGGGUCAGCUGGUACAAGGAGAACUUCUGGUUUCUGGCCUGACCAGGCCUCUUCCUGUUCCAGAUAGCUUUAGUGACCAACACUGGUCCCUGGUGGUCUGUGGCAGGAAGUCUGCCCCCUGCCCCCCGGGAUUCUGUCUUCACAUGCUGUACGCCACUCCCUCCCUGCUGUAGUGCGCAAAUCCUCUAGACCUGAAAUGGCCAUCAUGGAGCAGAUAUUGCUGUGGUAACCUGUGGUCUACCUUGGCCCUGUCAUAGCAAUGAGAUAAAGUGAUAGAGUGAUGACUAAAUCUAUGGUAAGGGUACCACCAUUGUCAACACUCCCUAGAAGCAGGAGGGGAGGAGGAUCAUCACUACCUGCAGCUGCACAUGAUCUUGGGAGAAGCUAGAGUAUGUAGGAGGUGGAGGUUAACUAAAGGUGACACUGCAUUCAUGCAGCGUUUGUGAGGCUGUAACCCAUGCUGGGUGGGACUCUUCAGUCAUGCUGUUUUUCCUUCUAUAAGUAGCCCUCACCCAUGCUCCUGUAAGUCUCCCACUAAACUCAUUGGUUUGCCAAGCUGGACUUGGGUGGACUCAUCUCUUUGAUCUGUCAUGGGUGCCCUGGCUGGGUUGAACAGACAUUUGUUGAA